ACUCAACGGUCUGAACAAGCGGCGUUUACGUCUAAAUCGGAUGUGUAUCUUCCCAAUUGUGAGUGUUCGUACGGCGCGAAUGUCUCUACUUAGUUGUAAUGUUUACUGCCUAAAGCGUUCGUGUUAUUCGAUGCGUUUCUGACGUUGCAAAUCCCGUGAAUUGCAACGCUGUCGGUUAGUGAAGGCGUGAACCGUGAAGUCCAAACGAGGCUAGAUGCUGCUAGUGGCCGCCAGUUUCCACAAGAACCUAGGAGGUGGUCAACGCAUCUUUAUGCCGUGCCUAUAGAGAAGGGAGCCGUAAAUUUGCCUGUGAAACAUGCAUGACAUUACACGGGACAGAGCAAGAGGCUUUUAGCUGCUGUGAGUCACGAGAGGAGGAGACAGUUGAAGUGAGCCUUCAUGAUAAUGCUGAAGUAUCUCCCAACCAGGAGGGCUUACACCCAUCCUUGGAGACUUAUAUGUCUCCAGGUGCUUAUGGCGCAAAUAUUAAGAAAACAAAAUGGAGUCGGGAAUUGUUCAGCCUCUUUUUGGAUGAAGUUGAGCUUCGAUACCCGUCAUUGCGAGACCGUGCUGCAAAGAAAAUAAAUAUCUGGAAAGAAAUUUGCAGUGCUUUAAAUAUUCAUAAUUCAGAAUUGACAUACGAUCAAGUUCAUCAGAAAUGGCGUAAUAUUGUAGCCGCAGUUAGAAAGUAUGAGGAAAGUUGUCAGCUUGGUGAAAGAGGACGCAAAGUACGACCACUCUUUUAUGAGAGGAUCAAGAUUAUUCUUGGAGAAGCUGUGCCAAACUCACUACAGCAUGACCUCUCACCAAGGGUGCUUCAUACAGACCAAGGACUUUCAUCAGGAGCCCAUAGAAGACUCUCUAAAGAGCCUAGCAGAGCAUCUCAGGGCAUGAAGCGUAAGUUGCAGACUCAGAAGAUAGCCAGUGUCUUGGAAACAUUAGCUCAAGUAUGGAAUUCAGAUGGCUGUCAAGAUUAUGAGGGCAAGGUUGAUGGAGACUCAGACAUAGAAAAUGGUGAUAGCAAGCCAGUUAAAAGGGCCCUUCAUGAUUCCGGCACAGCUGGUGGGAGUAACGUCAAAUUGUAUGACAUUCCUGGCAAGUCGAAGGCUCCAAGUGGCAACCCUAAUGCCGGUGUUUAUGUUUAUGACUUUAAAUCAGAAUGGCAUAACACCCUUCCUUUUAUCAAGAGGGGUCCAACAGUACACCAGUUUUGGUGUGAUAUUUGCAGAGUGUUGGACUUCUGCGAUUACCAAGGGAAUGAUGGCAUUCGAUGGCAUGUCCAGAGCCUGGCUCACCAGGAGAAAGCAAAGGAACUGCAAAAAGUUCCUAAACCUACAUCAAAACCAUCUACACCAGCAAAAUCUACUGUUCCAAUGGAGACGAAGGUUGUUGAUAUAAAAAAGCUUGAAAAGAUGGUGUUUGCCAAACCAGAAAUUGUUGACAGAGCAAUUAUUAUAUCUGUUGAAGUUAAGACAUUGCCAAGAAAUGACGUGGAAAUGGUGAAAGAUAUCCUGUCAGUUGUAGGAGAGAGAAACGUGGAAGAAAUCGAUGUAGUGACGAAAACAUUAAUCCUUCUUACGUUGCGGGAGGGUUGCGAAACAUUGCUUGAUUCUGUGAGGAUGAUCAAGUUUUAUGAUAUUUUUGAUUUGACAGAAAUUCAUUACACCUUAAAUUUUCUUCAUCCUAUAGAAUCCAACAUUGAGGGCAUGCUCACUGGACUGCCACGCCUGAUAUCUUCCUCAGAAUUGCCAUGCAUAGAGGAGCACAUUGGCAAGUACUUGUCUUAUCUGUCGGGUAUUAAAAUGGAGUAUGUCCCAUGGCCAGACACUUCGUUAAUGAGUGGAAACCUGAGGGUCACAGCUUCAGUGAAGGACCUUGUUACAUCGUAUGUGGAUCUUAAAAAGACCAGUUACAUAUAUAUGGCAGAUUUUAUGGGUAAACUUAAUUUUGAAAACUUUGAGAUUGUUAAUGGGUGUUCAGCUGGUAACUUACCUGCAGAAGAGAGAAGUGGUGUGUCUAUUCAUAGAUGGUGAAUAUGAAAGUUUUCCCUCGGAAAUCCUAACCAUCACCUUUUAUGUAGGAGUAUUGUUCAGUGCAAGGUGGAUAUUGUCAUUAAUCUGUGUAAAAAGGUGGUUGGUUAGAGGUCGGCAGGUGAAUGGGAAACCCUCACUCACCUACCAUAAGCCAUCACUUUUUCAGCUGUGGUUAAGACUUCUGGCUGCUACCUACAGACUAUCAGGUUUUAUAUAUAUGUAACUUACCCAGUAAUUACAUAGCUAUUAGUUUCAUUCGUUGGGCAGUUAAAAUUUUGAAAUUCGCUGGUCGUGCUAGAAUGUUUUGGGGGUAGAUGACUCACCCCCGCCCACUUUCGGAGGGAGAGGUACAACGUAGCAAAGAACUUCAAUUUGUUUCUGCCAGCUGAUGGGAGAAGUCCAGUAAUUGGCUGCAGUUAAUCUUUUGGAAUUUGAUCUUUUCUGGUUGUUUGAUAUUAUGUCAAUUAAGGCUUUGAAACAUUAUUUGAUUAAGGCCAAUUUUUUGUGUACCUGAUUUUGGCUGAACCCCCCUUCUUCGACCUGCCUGUUUUGUUAGUUCAAGCUCAAGAAAAACCCACUAAAAAUGCUUAUACCUGAAUUUUUUAAUAGUUUUAUAAAAAAAAAAGUGUAUGAAAAAUAGUAAUUUGUGGAUACUAUUGCUCAUAGAGAAAUACUGCGAAUUUCCCACAAUAUAGGUUAGAUAUGGUCUAAGAGAAAUGCACAGAUACGCGCGUCCGCGAACCUUGAGAACGCAAAUACAGGGGGGUCCACCGUAUCUUAUUUUAGGUAUUGCAGCACAGGCUGUAAUACUCGUUGAACUAAGGAGAUUUAUGACUCGUACAAAAUGUGUUUCUUGCAGAGGGCAGAAUUGCUCUAUUGACUUCAGAUGUCAAGAAUGUGCUGACUGGGACAUAAAUAAGUGGAAAAAACUAGAUUCUCACUUGAAAAAAUGGGCUAGGGACAAGAAGGGGAAAGGUUUGGCUAGGACAGAGAAUAGUAAAAUCCUAGCUAGUCAGGGAUUGUCUUUAGCUAAAUCUGACUUUGAUGUUCCUGUGAUUUCUUUAAAUAAUGUGAUUCCCUUAUCUGUUCCAUCACCUCCUUUACCCAGCUCCCUAGUUUCCCAACCCAACACCAUGGCCAGCCUAGAGUGCAAAAUAAGUAAAAGGUAUCAGUUAGCGUCAUCGGUAAAGGUCCUUUUGGACAGGAAAGGUGAUUCGGAACACCCUGUAGCACCCAGUGCUAGUGAAGUGAUUGUGGCGGAGGUGGCUGCUUGGCCCGCCGAUUCUUCUGGGCCAAGGUCCUUGACAUACUCCCUCCCUAAAACCUAGGAGGAAUCAAACUGGGAGCCUAAGGAAGGUUGGUGGGAUCUGCCCCUGGGUAGUUGCCAACUUGGUUCAACCUGUUGAUGGAUCCCAGGUUACAACCAAAGCCCACCAGAAAGGGAUUUCAGUGGAUGUUCACAAAAUAUCGUCAAGCUUGGAAGGUUCAUCUCCCAGGCACCUUGGCACUUUGCGGAGAAGUCACAGCCUUUGAAAAGGAGAGCUGCUGUGUACCUUGUAAGAAAACAAAAGAGUGACCUUCAUAUUAUCACUGGGAUAGUCCUGAGUGCCUUUUCACCAGAUAGCCUUUCUGCAGGAGAUCGUCCCCAGAUGCCAAACCGCCAGCCUUCUCGUAUUGGCACUUCGACUUCAGUGGAUAAGAAGCUUUCUAAGGAACACAAACAACUACCAGAACAAACUGUGUCGGAUUUUCUUUUAGAAGUCAAGUUACCUCUAGUUGUGGAUCAGAGAGUAGCACCGCAACUCCCAGUGGCUUCUGUUAAUGAUGUACCAUGAGAGCCUCAAGUGGUAGACACUUAAUUUGUGCCAGAGUGCCCAGAUUUACUGGCACCUGAAGUGGCACCAAAGCACCAUUGAUCGCCCGGUCCACAGCAACCUCAGUGUACACAAGUGACCUUUAGCGUUGGAACUCAAACACUCAUUCUCAGGAUAUGUCAGCGACUUCAGAUCCUAUCCAGAGCAAGCUAGAUAGCAUUUUGAGUCUACUUGAGAAGAUGCCUUCGACUGAUCAAGUUUAUCCAGAUUUAGCUUUGUUCCAAUUUCCUGAGAAGAAAAAGAGGAAACAGACACUCCCCCCACAGCCUAUGCCUCAUUGUUGAGAUUUCUGCUGCAAUAUUUCCCAGUCUUUUUCCACCAACAGCACCUUUCUCAUCUGCUUCUUCUCUUUUGAGGGAAGCACAUUCAACUAGCAAUGUCUACUGGGUUAGCUCAUCUCCUUAAAAAUAUUUUUAAGGUGAUGAGUUUUGUAGACUGGUUGUUGGCCGCUAUGGCUAGGAAGAUUAAGGACUGCACAGCGCUACCACAGAACUUUGCGUCAGAUUGGCAGGGAGUUCUCUCCUGUAUGGAUAGAGGCAUCAGGGAUAGUUCCUUGGAAUCCUUAAGAAGAGAGACCUUUGGUGCUCUUUUAUCUCCAAAGGAGUGAUGCCUGCUCAGAGAUCAGCUUUACUUUUUUCUCAUUUGGAUCAUAAGUACCUGUUAUUGCAGGAGAUGGUACUGGGUAUAGCCUCUGAUUUGCAGAAAAAGAGCACUCAAGAUCUUUUGUCUCAAUCUUCUAGGCACACUAAAGAACCGAGUACAUUCAAUGCCAGAUCAUCGGAGUAGAUGCAUCAGUUUCAGAGCAACAGACAGAGAACGAGUUUUAGACCAAGAACUAAUGCCCGCUUUACACUGAGAAAUAUGGAGAUCCUCUUCUAGACCUUCGAAUAAGAAAUGUGGUAAAAGUCCUUCGUACUCAAGUAGCUGCAAGAUUGCUUCAUUUGUAGGAACAUUGGGAAAGGAGGGUUGCUGAACCCUGGAUUAUAAAUGUUCUGAGAGGUUAUACAAUACCCUUCAUUCAGGAGCCUCCUUUAGCCAACACCUGUCGCAUUGACAGCUUUCUUGCCAGACUCAGAGAGGUUGGUAGUCUUAUCACUAGAAGUAGUAGCACUUUUAGAGAAAGAGGCAAUAGAGACAGUAGAGGACAUUUAUUCUCCAGGGUUUUACAACAGGCUGUUUGUGGCUCCCAAAUUGUAAGGAGGUUGGAGGCCUGUGUUAGAUGUAAGCUAUUUGAAUGUGUUUCUCCUAAAGACAAAAUUCAAAAUUGAAACAAACCAGACAGUGCUAGCAUCCAUUCGCUUUAGGGAGUGGAUGGCUACAAUAGAUAUGCAACAUGCAUACUCUCCCGUCCCGAUCUGCCUGGACUCGAGAAAGUAUCUCGGGUUUUGUUUUCAGAGAGAAGGUUUAUCAGUUCCGUGCAUUAUGUUUUGGCCCAUUAACAGGCCCCCAUGUAUUUACCAGAGUUCUGGCACCUCUUGCAAAGUAGCUUCAUGUAAUCAGGAUAAAAAUUUCCCUUUACCUCGACAAUUGACUCCUACAGUCCAGCUCAAAUAAAAUGUGUAAGGAGGAUCUACAAAGAAGUUCAAUUGGCUCAGGAGUUGGGGUUUCUCAUAAAUGCGCAAAAGUCGCAUCUAUCAGGAGAUUCAAUAUCUUGGGAUGAUGAUAAACUCUCAGGCUUUUCAAGUUUUCCCAGCCCUGAAAAGAGUUUUGUCUAGAAAGUAGAAGAAACAUUGACUCAAUGAAUGUUCCACCAACAAGUAGAUGAGGCUCCUAGGCACUCUAGCCUCGAUGGAGUAGUUUGCCUCCCUAGGGGACUUCACAUUAGGCCAAUGCAGUGUUAUUUAAAAGCCAGCUGGAACGGCAAGAAAAUUCCAGAUUCAGAUGUGUUCCCGAUAACUAGAGAAAGAAAGAUAUUCAGCAGUGGAAUUGCAGAGAAAGACUUUCAGAGAGGAAGUCUCUCUUCCUUCUGAACCCCAACCUAGAAUUCUUCCCAGAUGUGUCGGAUCUAGGCUAGGGAGUAAGGAAGUCUCUAGCAGAUGGUCCAUACAGCAGAGGGCUUGACAUAUAAAUGUCAAAGUACAAGCAAUACAUCUCAGCCUUCAGUUCUUCAAGUCCAAAGUAUACAGAAAGACAGUAGCAGUCCACACAGACAAUACAACUGCACUACGUAUCGUUCAUAAAGAAUCUAGGGAGAACCCACUCCUCCCUAUACCAGACAGCAGAGGAACUCCUCCUUUGGUUGAACCAAAACACCACAAAGGUAGUGACGUGCUUCAUUCAAGGAAAGGUCAAGUACGUACUGGCAAACGAAUUAAGCUGCCAGAGGCAAGUCCUCCCUGCGGAGUGGAACUUGGACCCUCAUGUAUGCCUGGACCUUUAGAAGUUAUGGGGAAACCCAAUACUGGACCUCUUUGCAACGUCCAGAAACACCCAUCUCUUGUUGUAUUGCUCUCUGUUUCCAGACCCUCUUGCAUAAGCAACAGAUGCAUGUUACAGGACUGGACAAAUAUCUGUACAGUCUCCCUCUGUUUAGUAUGAUCAGGCAGGUGCUGAACAAACUUCAGGUGCUCACAAAUGUAUCCGUGAUUCUGAUAGCCCCGUUUUAGCCAGCAAAAGAAUGGUUCCCUGACCUACUCGAACUGUUAUCAGAUUUGCGGAGAUUACUUCAAAGCAAACAAAAGCUUGUCAGAGAACCGCAUUUAAGGCAGGCAGUAUUCUCUGGCCCUGACAGGUUACAAGGUAUCGGGAGACUGCUCAGAAAGAAGGGCUUUUCUAAAACAGCUGCAGAUUCUAUCGUCAGCUGUAGGAGACUAUCCUCAAACAAAGUCUACCAGACCAAGUGGAUGAUUUUUAGAGCUUGGUGCAGGAGUAAUGAUGUCUCCUCUACUCAAACAUCUAUAGCAGAAAUAGCUGUCUUCCUGCUUUAUCUUAGGAAAAAUAGAAAUCCCUCCACAUCAACUAUUAAGGGUACAGAGCCAUGUUAAGUUCUGUAUUCUGCCACAGAGGGACAGAUUUAUCCAUGAAUCAGGAUCUGUUGAAUUUACUUAAAUCAUUUGAUACUUCCAAGCAAGAGGGGAUCCAGUCAGUAUCAUGGAACUUAGACAUAGUCCUAAAAUGGUUGUCAAGUGCCCAUUUCAAACCCUUGCAGUCAAUCUCACUGAGAGAUUUGACAAAAAACUCUAUUCGUUGUAGCUUUAGCUAUAGUGAAAAGAGUUAGUAAAAUUCAUGUGUUAGACAGGAGGGUGGGUUUCACCCAAGGAAAUGCAAUAUGUUCAUUCUCUCUGGGGAUCUUAGCAAAGAACGAGACCCAAUCUAAGCCUUGGCCUCGAUUCUUUACAAUUAAAAGCGUGAACAGAUGAAGUAGAAAGAACUCUCUGUCCAGUAGUAGCUCUUAAGCAUUGCCUCUGUCGAAAAUCCCUUAACAUUUUUUCUCAGGGACCUUAUUUCAGAAUCACACUCUAAUAGGAGAAGAGUUGUUUCCGUUAUGAAAGAUUAAAGCUCAUGAAAUAAGAGCAGUAUCUACUUUGUUAGCGUUCAAGAAAAAUCUUUUUCCAACUUCCAUCUUACAGUUAACUUUUUAACUAAGAUGCAGUACCUUGGGUCCCUUUUAUGCGGCUGGUGUGGUGUUUGGGAAGGAAACUUAGGAGGCCCUUUUCCUUCCUAUCAUCUCUUUGCCUUACAUAGGGUGUCAAAGUUCUAAGGGAGUACUGGAGAAUCUCCCUCUGUAGCAGAAUACAGAAUUUAACAUGGCUCAGUACCCUUAAUAGUUGACAUGGAGAGAUUUCUAUCUUUCCUUAGAUAAAGCAGGAAGUCAGCUAUUUCUGCUAUAGAUGUUUUUCUCUUUAGUAAAUUCCCUUUUUCAUUUUUCAUAAUCUGAUAUGCCUAUGUUAUUUGUACUUGAUAUAUUUCUUUUUGUAGGCCAUGUACUUGCAAGAACAAAAGAGGUUACUGUCUUACUUUGUAUAUUUUGUAUUAUCUCUUUUUGGACAAAUUUGUACUAAUAGUUGUAUAUUUUGUCAAAAAAAUAGUGUAACUAACUACUUGGAGUACCCUCCAGUCAUUUUAUUAGUUGGGUAAUGGUUUUUAUUGAAGACUUUAUUCUGGUUAUUAUGUUUGGUGCUGUGCCCUGGCCAGGGUUGUCUUGUAUCCUUUGUUUAUCUAGAGGAACUGAACCAUAACUACAAAGACACCCACUAAAGUAGUAGGCGCACCAAGGAGGGGUGUGUUUGAAAGAUAUCAUCUGAACCCAACAAUUUAAGAUUGACCUAGAUACUAACUGUCAGAGAUGUGUAUUUCUGGUGAUAGAAGUUCACUCUCUACCUAGUUCAGAAGUCACGUAAAGCCGUUGGUCCCAUUGCUGAAUGACCACUGGUUCCAUGCAAUGUAAAUUCACCAUACAAACAAACUAACUGCCUUUCUACUUGUGCUACACCAUUUUUUGGGCAACAUUUGCUUUUUAAGAGUGAGAAUGCAGGCACCUUUGUAUGGCCCAGGCCUCUACCACUCUUGCAUCCCUUUGCUAGAUUGUAUAGGUUACGAGAAUGAUUAGUCCCGUGCUCACAAUUGUGACAGAAGCGUUUCAUUUCUGGUGAAGAUCCAACUUGCCAAUCAUUUGAGAGAUCCUCCUCCCACUGAAGGAGUGAGUCUCCUAUAUAAAAAGGUGAUGGUUUUGUUUCCUUAGGAAUAAAAACGCAGUCUUUAAUUCAUUUUGAAAUUUUUCCUAGGUUAGCAAAUCAGAACAUUUUAUCAUAAUCUUGCUGUAAUUGCUCCAGAUAACAGAUAAGUGAGGGUUCCCUCACUCACCGACCUACUCCAGUUAAAAAAUACUCGGCAUAAAAGGCUCUUGUUUGUAUGCCUAGGAGAAAUACAAAUGACUUAAAAAUUUUGUAUUAUCCAAUGGAAAUUUCCAUUGUUGUGGAUGUUGGUGUUGUUACAUGUCAAGGUGUUAUAUCAACUAUUGUGAUAUAAAGAUGGACAUACAUGA